AUGCGCUCAUGGUCCUGCGAUUUCGGCCAUGAAAGCCCGAUGGUCUUUGAGUUCGAACAUCAAUGGCGCAGCCACAUCCUUCAGCCUCACCCAGAAUAUCUAAAGGCUCCUGAUCCACGCACUCUUGGUGCCUAUUCUGCCAGGAAACAGAAGCAUUUUCAUCGGGAUGAAUUCGCCUGCCCACUUUGCGAGCGAAUCCCCGCAGAGGCACAGAAGAUGCUGGAAACUGGUCAACAUGAACCAGGUCAAGUGCGACGCUUGGUCCUGAAUCAUAUUGCCGGUGAGUUACAGUCUCUGUCUAUGAUGGCUGUUCCUCCUUUAGAUGAAGUCACUUAUAAAACGGUCGACUAUGAUCCAAACCCGGUGGUUCCCAAAGACUUUACCCACGUGGACUUUCAGGACGAUGCUGGUCGAACCGCCUUAUCAUUUGCUGCCCAGGCUGGCGACGUCGAGGCCAUUGACAAGUUGCUCGAUAAGCAAGCAGAUUUUGAACUGGCCGAUACAGAUGGACAUACACCCUUGCUCUGGGCAGCACGUGAAGGCCAUGAAGAAGCUGUCAAGUGCCUUGCCGCUGCUAACGGACACACUGGCGUUGCACGGGUACUACGCCUGAAAGGUGCGGACGUUAAUGCAGCCGAUGAUAUGAAUCACACCCCGCUAUCUUUGGCAGUUUCAGGAACAAACGAAGACGUUUUGCGGCUUCUCCUUGACGCCAGCCCAGAUCUCGAGACAACAGACCAUGAGACUUUAAAAACGCCACUCCACUGGGCGACUUUCAGAAACAGACCGGCGAACGUAGAGCUACUUCUAAAGUAUGGAGCCGAUAUCGAAGCCACUGCUACCGGAUUCAAAACGGCGCUGUAUGUAGCUUCGGCAAAUGGAUACCUUGAUGUCGUCCAGCUACCCCUCAAGAAGGGGGCAAACACGAAAGCCUCUGACCCUAUAUUCCGUCAGGCUCCUUUGUCAGUGGCACCUGAGUUUGGACAUGAAGACGUGGUCCGAGUGCUGUUGGUACACAGGGCCGAGGUUGAGGCGAAGGGCUUCGAAGGCCUUACAGCGCGGGACCAGGCUGUUAAAAGGGGGCACACUGAGAUCGCUAAAUUUCCCGAAACCAAACAGGGGUAG